UCACUUCUCUUUAAGAUACAGAAAAAAAUAUAUAAACAAGUCCACAAAAAAUUAGUUUAAGAGAGUUUUAUUAGUUGAAGGGAGGUAUUAUUAUUGUGGAGCUUUAAACUCAAUUCUUGUCCAGAGUAUUGAGUUAUUGUGAGUAGGCUGUUGUAUUCUGGUGGGGACAAGCCAAAGAGUAUUACUGCUGGACCGGUGAAACAUUUGUUGCAGUGGGCUUGAAUCUCCUUAAAGAGAGCGAGAUAUCCACGCCUCAGCAGUUGAAGAAGAAAAUAUUAUUUUUCUUUAUUCAUUUGUAAUCUUUUAGUUGUAAUCUGUUGUAAUAUUAUUGCAAUUUUAUUGUAAGUUUCACCAACAAUUUUAAGGAGAUUCAAAUGGCAACAACUGAAAAGUCCGCGGAUGUCAAGUUGGGAGAUCUCAACAAGCCAUUCCGGUUCAACGGUACUCAACUUCAAGAGGUGGAAGGGUAAAGUGUUUUUCUACUUAAGUCUUCUCAAUGUUUUUUAUGUGUUAACUGAGAAGAAUUCAAAUAAAGUAGAUAACUCUUCCAUGACUGACGAUGAACUUAUCUCUCUUGAAGAUAAAGUUGAAAAAUACAACAAUGACUUCUACAAGUGUUGUUGUUUUUUUACUUGAUUGUCUAUCUGAUAAUUGUUAUGAUUAUUAUGAUAGAACUUACUCUAGUGAAAAGAAAAUUUGGAAAGCCUUGCUGAGUAAGUAUGACACUGAGGAGACGAGAGCGAAAAAAUAUGCGGCUAGGGGCCAAGAUGCACUUAUGCAAAUAGAAGAGAACAGCAUCACACCAAAGGACUCGAAAAUGUGGGCCAACACCUCAGGCAAACUUUACCGAAGAACCAUUUGUGGCGAUGAUAACAGACAUAUAUAUGGUGGAGAAUGUUGAUGGAUAGUGGGCUGACUCUGGUACAAACCGUCAUGUCUGUUAUGACAAAGGCUGGUUUAAAAAUUAUAAAAAUUUUGAGGAUCCCAAAACCAUCAUUCUUGGAGAUUCACACACAACUCAAGUAGUUGGAGUGGGGGAUGUCGAGUUGAGAUUUACUUCUGGAAGGGUAUUAAUCUUAGAAGAUGCACUUUAUACUCCUUCCAUGAGAAAAAAUUUGAUGUCAAGUUUUCUUCUUAAUAAGGCAGGCUUCAAACAGAUUAUUGAACAGAUUAUUGAAUCUGAUCAGCAUGUAAUUUUGAAAAAUAAUAUUUUUGUGGGAAAGGGUAUACAUAUGAUGGUAUCUUUAAGCUAAGUGUUGAAGUGCAUAAAACAUCUACUUCUGUUUAUAUGUUUUCUUCUACUAAUUUUUGGCAUGCUCGUUUGUGUCAUAUAAAUGAACGUUAUGUGGGAAUCAUGAGUAGUUUAGGAUUAAUUACAAUGAUCAAAAAGAAUUUUGAAAAAUGUGAAGCUUGUAGUAAAGCUAAAAUCACAAAAAGGCCUCACUUCCAUGUUGAAAGAAAAACUGAUUUAUUAGAAUUAGUUCAUAGUGAUAUUUGUGAACUUGGUGGAAUUUUAACUCGUGGAGAAAAUAGAUAUUUUAUUACUUUCAUUGAUGAUUUUUCUAAGUUUACAUAUGUUUACUUAAUGAAAAAUAAAAGUGAAGCAUUUGAGAAUUUUAAAAUUUUUCUCCAUGAAGUUGAAAAUCAGUUUAAUAGAAAAAUAAAAAGAAUAAGAAGUGAUAGAGGCCGUGAAUAUGAGUCACUUGAGUUCAAUCCUUUUGUAAGAUCAUUGGAUAUAAUUCAUGAAACUACUCCUCCUUAUUCUCCUGCAUCUAACGGUGUAGCGGAAAGAAUGAAUAGAACUUUGGUUGAGUUGACUAAUGCCAUGUUAAUUGAGUCUUGUGCACCUUUAAGUUUUGAGAAUUUUAAAAUUUUUCUCCAUGAAGUUGAAAAUCAGUUUAAUAGAAAAAUAAAAAGAUAAGAAGUGAUAGAGGCCGUGAAUAUGAGUCACUUGAGUUCAAUUCUUUUGUAAGAUCAUUGGAAAUAAUUCAUGAAACUGCUCCUCCUUAUUCUCCUGCAUCUAACGGUGUAGCGGAAAGAAUGAAUAGAACUUUGGUUGAGUUGACUAAUGCCAUGUUAAUUGAGUCUUGUGCACCUUUAAGUUUUGGGGGUGAAGCUCUUUUGACUGCUUGUUAUGUGUUGAAUAGUGUGCCUCAUAAAAAUACUAAAUUAAUGCCUUUAGAAUUGUGGAAAGGUUAUAAGCCAAAUUUGGGAUAUCUAAGAGUUUGGGGUUGUUUAGCCUAUAUGAGGUUAAUGGAUACUAAAAUCUCUAAGUUGGGUAAAAAAAUUACUACUUGUGCUUUUCUUGGUUAUGCUUCUAAUAGUACAGCCUAUAGAUUUUUUAAUCUUGAAGAUAGCGUGAUGAUAGAAUCAGGUAAUGCUAUUUUUCAUAAAGAUAAAUUCCCUUUUGAUUUUAAAAAUCGUGGGGGUCAUGGGAUUAAAGAAAAUAUUUUGUCACUACCUAGUUCUUCUACUUCUACUUUAAAUAAUAAAGAAAAUAAUGAUUUUGAGUUAGGAAGAAAUAAAAGAGCUAGAGUAGAAAAAGAUUUUGGUCCUAAUUAUUAUGUUUUUAACGUUGGAGAUGACCCUAUCGCUUUAAAGAAGCUUUGUCAUCACAUGAUGCUAUUUUUUUGGAAAGAGGCUGUAAAUGAUGAGAUGGAAUUGCUAAUUUCCAACAAAACUUGGAAACUAGUUGAUUUACCACCGGGUUGUAAAACAAUUGGAUAUAAAUGGGUCUUAUAUGAAAAAUUAAAACCGGAUGACUCUGUUGAUAAAUAUAAAGUUAGGCUUGUGGCUAAAGGUUUUAAACAACUAGAAGGACUUGUGGCUAAAGGUUUUAAACAACUAGAAGGCCUAGAAUUUUUUAAUACUUUUUCACCGGUAACGAGAAUUACAUCCAUUAGACUUUUAGUCGGUAUUGAUGCAAUUUUUGAUUUACAAAUUCAUCAAAUGGAUGUAAAAACUACUUUUUAA